AUGAAUGACAACCGUAGAAAAGUAGUUGCAGCCUUAGCCAUAAAUGCGGCCGAUCAGUUCCUCAAAUUGUACGACGAAGAAAGUGAUUCGGAGAGUGAGGAUGAGCGAAAUGUGGCACUUGUGGUGGGUCAGACCCGGCUCAGACGACGAGGAACACCUGAAAAACCAGUGAGAAAUGAAAACUAUUACGACGUGACAGUGCCCCGGUAUACGGACAGGCAGUUCAGAGAACACUUUCGACUAACAAGGACAACGUAUGAAAAUUUAGAACUAAGGGUAGGCCACCUACUUCAAGGAAAUGAAAGUGAAGGGAGACCUCGAAUAGAGGUUCGAAAGCAACUUUUGUCGGUUUUGUGGGUCUUGGCCACGCCAGAGUCGUUUCGGUCUGUUGCGGACAGGUUUGAUAUGGGGAGGUCUAUUCUCCAUGACUGUUUUAAGCGAGUUAUUUAUUGUCUCGAGGAGCAAGCAAACACAUUCAUAGUAUGGCCCACAGGAAGAGCACUUGAACGGACAAAGAGACGCUUUGCCAGACUUGGUUUGCUGCCAAACGUAAUUGGUGCAGUUGAUGGGAGUUAUAUACCGAUACCCGAGCCAAAAAUCAAUCAUCAGUACUACAAUACAAGGAAGAUGUUUUAUGCAAUAGUGCUACAAGCCAUCUGUAAUGCAGAUUUGUUGUUUACUGACUGCUUUGCAGGCUACCCUGGUUCUGUUCCUGACAAUAGGAUUUUUAGAAAUUCUGAUCUAUGGUUCGGGGUACAUGAAAACCUCAACCGCUAUUUUCCUGGAGAUGAAUACAUAAUUGGAGAUAAGGCUUAUCCAAUUCUCACUUGGUGUAUUCCCCCAUUUAUCAACAGAGGUGUGUUGACAAGGGACCAGAAAACAUUCAAUACUGCACUGAGCUCAAUGAGGCAAGUUAUAGAAAGGGCUUUUGCUCUUUUAAAAGGAAGAUUUAGGAGACUGAAGUACCUGGACAUGAAACGGAUAGAUUUAAUCCCUCGCACAAUAAUGGCCUGCUGUGUACUUCAUAAUGUUUGUCUACUCAAUGGUGAAGAUAAUUUUGAAGACUUCAUUCAAGAGGGUGAGGAAGUGCAGGAGAGAAAUGCAAUCAACAAUGACAAUGAACCAGUCCAAGAAAUUCCUCAGGACCCUGCAGGAAAUGUUAAGAGAGAUCACCUUGUGAACAUAGUGGUUCGGGAACAUGCAAGAGUUGAACAACAGAACUUAUAA